UAUAAUACACCAGCCGCGUUUUAUGAAUAAACGACAUUUUCCUCGCAAAUUCAUUUUAUUUUAUUUUAUUCCACUUCUUUCCUCCUCCUCCUGGAUGCAUCAAAUUAAAAAAAAAAAAAAUCAACAAAGCCUUUAAAAAGGCAUAACGAUAAUUCUUGAAAAACAUUUAUAAUUUGACAGGAAAACAACAACGAAAGAAAACAGAAUAAUUAUUUGCUUGACAACAAAGCCAACAAAAAAAAAGAAGCUAAUUGGGAGCUCUCCUCAUCCACAUUUUCUUCUCCGCAAGAAAUCAACAACAAAAGGAAAAGGAAAAAAUCCAGAAUCAUCAUCAUCAUCAUCAUCAUCGUCUUCUUUGAUCAUAGGUGAGAUCUUCUCAGCUGGAAAACGUACUCCCGAUUGUCAUAUAAUCAGAGUACCUGAUUCUUCCUUGUGUGGGUGAUCCAUCGUCUAGGUCUCGCAACAACAACAGCCGCCGCCGCCGCCGCCGAAAGGUGUUUCGUGAUUGUGUUAGCUCAAUCAAUGGCAGAUAAGACGAAAUCGUCCUCUUCCUUCUUCAACAGGUCGCUCACAAUCCACGGCCACAGACCAACGGAUUCAACCCCCAAAUCACACAGCCUCAAUCCUUCUCUCAACCGAACCACCUCCAUAACCAAAUUCUACAACCCCGUCGAAACCGUCGUCGAAACCUCUCUCAAAGGCAAAGUCAAGAACCUCUGCAGACUAUUCGAAGGCUCCAAAUCCUCCGCCAAACCAACCUCAACACCACCCGAUCCUCUGCAGAAGCAGAAAUCAAACAAAUCGGUUCUAUCCGAAUCGCGGUUAUCUCCCUUUCUAAGCCUAAACAACUCAGUGAUCCGUCUCCCCGGGACGGAGGACAGGAUCGUGGUGUAUUUCACGAGCUUGAGAGGGAUCAGACGGACCUACGAGGAUUGUUAUUCAGUUAGGAUGAUCUUCAGAGGGUUUAGGGUGUGGAUCGACGAGCGCGACGUUUCGAUGGACUCUGCUUACAAGAAGGAGCUUCAGAUCGCGAUGGGGGAGAAGAGUAGCGUCUCGUUGCCUCAGGUUUUUAUAAUGGGGAAGCAUGUUGGUGGUGCUGACGUGGUCAAGAGUUUGUUUGAGAUUGGUGAGCUAGCGAAGAUCCUUAAGCUGUUUCCCGUGAGGGAGCCGGGGUUUGUGUGCCGUUGUUGUGGGGACGCUAGGUUUAUUCCGUGUUCGAAUUGUAGUGGGAGUAAGAAACUGUAUGAUGAGGAUGAAGAUAGGCACAAGAGGUGUCCCGAGUGUAAUGAGAAUGGGUUGAUACGGUGUCCUGAUUGCUCCUCUUGAGAGGGAUAAAUCAAGAAGAGAUAGGUAUUUGGUUUCUCUAUUGAUGAUUGUCUAGAACAUAAGUGAUUGAUGAUGCUGCUACAAGUAUCCGAGAAUCUCUUUUGGAUCAGCAGCAAUAUCUCACUUUCGGCUUUUUUAAGGUUUGUUGUGGAUCAUCGGUAUCAUUGGGAAUGCUGAUGAUUGGUUGUUGAUUUAGAUAAUGUAUGUCUGGUACUAAGGGCUAAUGUAAUUUAUGUAAAGUCGAAAUGUCUGAAACAGGUAGUAAGCAUUUUGACUCUUGUGUGUCAAUGUUGUGAAGGACAGCUCUGUUGUCAUGCUAUGUAUUUGAUUGUAAAUACACUUAGUGUGUUUAUUGGGUAUUGUGUAUUCUUACGACCGUGGCUUUCUUAUGUA